UGGGGUGGAUCUCCGAGCGGAAUUCAGGCUGGGUUUUUCUUGCAAGUUCGGCCUGGGGGCUGGGUGAAGAUGGCUUGCGCCGCUGCGCGGUCCCCGGCCGACCAGGACAGGUUCAUUUGUAUCUAUCCUGCUUAUUUAAAUAACAAGAAGACCAUAGCGGAGGGGCGGCGAAUCCCCAUAAGUAAGGCUGUUGAAAAUCCUACAGCUACAGAGAUUCAGGAUGUAUGCUCAGCAGUUGGACUUAAUGUAUUUCUUGAGAAAAAUAAAAUGUACUCUAGAGAAUGGAAUCGUGAUCUUCAGUACAGGGGCAGGGUCCGGGUCCAGCUCAAACAGGAAGAUGGCAGCCUCUGUCUUGUACAGUUCCCGUCACGUAAGUCAGUAAUGUUGUAUGCUGCAGAAAUGAUACCUAAACUGAAAACAAGGACACAAAAAACCGGAGGUGGUGACCAGAGUCUUCAGCAAGGAGAGGGAAGUAAAAAAGGGAAAGGAAAGAAGAAGAAGUGACCUGGUAUGAGAAUCAAGGAUGUGGUACUACUGUAAGAGACAUGAAUGGAGGUUUCUCAUUUGUAUCUGAGAGAAACAGAAACUUUCUGUUUGCAUCAUUUAACUGAACUAUGAACAUUUGUGCCUCCCAGCUUCAGCAUCAGAGUUGACAAUGAAAUAAAUUUACAUCAGAAAUAUGCAUCCAGCUCUUAGGAAGUAUAAAAGAAAUUUUUUCUUUUUGCCUUUUAAUGCAGUUUUUGUGAAAGUAAGAAUCAUUUUUUUUAAAUGGACAGUGGACUCUACCAUAAGUUACUUGAAAUCCUAUAUCUGUUUGUCCUCUGUGUAAACAUGUUUCAGAUAAAUGAGUUUAAUAAGAUUUGAAGUACACAUUUUGUUCCUCUUUUAAGUUAAUGAAAUAAAUUUCAAACUGACUUUUGUAGCUUUUGCUUACAAAUUAGUUAAUGCCAGCAGAGGCGAUAAAGAGAAUAAAAUGGGGAGUGGAAGCGUAGUGUGAGCCUAAAACCAGAAGAAAGUGCUUAAAUCCUUUUGGAGGUCUAUGAACAGGCAGUCUGUAGAUCAUAUUCUUUUUUUUCUUUUUACUUGGAGUAUAGUUGCUUUACACUACUGUGUCAGUUUCUGCUGUACAGCAAAGUGAAUCAGCCAUACAUAUACAUAUAUCCCCUCUUUUUUAGAUUUCCUUCCCAUUUAGGUCUCCACAGAGCACCAAGUAGAGUUCCCUGUGCUAUACAGUAGGAUCUCAUUAGUUAUCUGUUUUACACAUAGUAGUGUAUAUAUGUCAGUCCCAAUCUCCCAGUUCAUCCCACGCCCCCUUCCCUCGUGGUAUCCCUAUGUUUGAUCUCUAUGUCUGUGUCUUUCUUUCUGCUUUGCAUAUAAGAUCAUCUGUACCAUUUUUCUAGAUUCCACAUAUAUGCAUUAAUAUAUAUUUGUUUUUCUCUUUCUGA